CCGUCCGCACAGACCUCAAACCACACCGCCGGACCAGCGGAGAACGCCCGGAUGGCCGCCUUCCUAAACCUCAACGCCAAUUCCAAGCUCAACGACCCCACACCUACCAUGCACAAAACAACGAGCACCCCACCCGUCUCUCGCAGCGGCAUAACUACGAGGCGCUCGAGCAUGCCCGCACCCCCCUCAUCCAUGCCCUCGGCGUUAAAGGACGGCUCUCAAUCCCGCAGCCAGUCACGUGUUGGCGCCAGACGGAUAAGCUUUGACACCGAGAUCAUGUCUGACAAGGAACGCGACUCGCUCAAGGCUGGUGGCAAGGACUUUUUGCCGGAUGGCGACCGGCGCGGCGCUGAAAGAGCCAACUCGCGUACUAGAUCCAUCGAUCCCAAGCCCCGCCAGGACCUCAAGCACAAGGCGAGCUUGGUCAUCGACACGAGCGUGCACGGCGACGACUUUGACAACGACUCUGAGCAUGGACAUGGCACCAACGGCGUUCUGUCCCGCGCGCGCCCUAGAAUACAGUGGGCGUCGUUCCUGCCGCCGCUGGCCCAAACUCUUGCUAGCCCAGAGACAUUCUCGACCGGUGUCGCAACUGGCCGCCUCUUUGGCCUCAUACAUACUCGCCUAGGCGAGAGACGCAUGGCAACGCCGAUGCUUCUCCUGGCUGGCGCCUUCCUCUCCGCCGUCGGCAAUGAUGCCACUGGCAGCCGCCUCUCUGCUCUGCGCCUCGACGAAGCCCUCUCGACAGCAGGCAUGAUCGAAGGGUUCCUGCAAAGCGCGAUGCUCGCUGAGCUGACCGCGCCGCCCACCACUGCGCCCAUGUCCAAUUUCUCUGGCAAGUUUGCCGAGGCACGCGGCACUGCCGUGUCGGCGCACACACGCGUGAGGUCAAACGUCAAUGUGCUGCGCGACGUCCUCAACCGCCACCUGAUGACGACCGUGCAGCGGCACUCCUCCAAGCUUGCACAGGAGGUUUUCGCAACCGAGCCCAAAAUCAUCGACGUGCUCGAGCGUACGCGCUCUACAUGCGUUCGUGCCGGCCUUACACUCACGCUCUGGCGCGCCAUUGCCCUCGCCUAUCUGGCCGAAGUCUACGUCGCCGUCCUGCACCACCUCCUAAAACUGCGCAAUGACGGUUAUACCGCCGGGCACCGGCAGGCCUACCAGCGAGUACAAGAGUCGCUGAACACGAUCGACACAUGGGCGAAGCGGCAGGACGUUCGCAUCAAUCUUGCUGGCGUGAUCCGUACUUUUCUCGCCGAGCUAAUCACCCCGUCGCCGACCGUCUCGCCCAUUGUGUCGGCCCUCGACCGCGUACGCUCCGAGCACAGCGGAGGACACUCACAGGCACUCGCAAUCCUGCGCCUCGCAGGACUUCCGGACCGCGAGAUCCGCGCGCUCGACAAGAUCGCGUUCGCGGUUGAGGACGCGGUGGAGCGCUCAAACGCGUCGUCCCGUGACCUUCCGAACGGCGAGUUGGUAAAUAAGGCGUUGGUGUGGUCUGGGUUUGAGUAGGCGCGGAGUCAGCGGGUCUGGCUUGGUGUGAUGGUUGAAGGGUGCGCUGGACGACGAUGGGAGUGCUGGACGACGACGAUCUAUAGAUGGAGAGAUAUCUACGAUAGAGAUGAACUGCGCCGAGGGCAGACGCCCAGCCACGGAAAUGUUGUAUGCAGUGCUCGGAACGAG